AUGCUAGUAGCAGAGUGGAAUGCUUCCCCUGCUCGUCCUACUCUCCUCUUUUACAAUCCAUCUCAACCCAAGGGCUUCAAUUGCGACGGCAAUUCACAACAAAUCCAGCAUAAGCCAAUGUCUGACAACAGCAUUCAGCGAGCAUUGCUACCUGAGAACCCCGAUGCCAAUGUGCUCCAAAGAAAGCCGUCGCAAGGAGCCAAGCGGUUCCGAAGAUGCAGGUCGGCUCCCAGAUCAGAGACCGAUGAAAAACCACAAGAAAAUGGCUCGUCGCUUCCAGCCAAGGAGUUGUUCAGCGUGGUACGGCCCAGCUUCAGACUAGUAGGGUUCCUCCUAUUUCUCUACCUGCUAGUUGGCGUCGUAGUCUUUUACCUUGUCAUGGAUCAGUUAUCUGGCAAGAGAACCAACAGAGUGCUCGACGCACUGUACUUCUGCAUUGUCACGAUGACAUCGGUGGGCUAUGGAGACCUUGUUCCUAACAGCGACACGACAAAGCUGCUCGCUUGUGUUUUCGUCUUCACCGGCAUGGCGAUUAUUGCUCUCUUCGUGAGCAAGUCGGCAGACUAUCUCGUCGAGAAGCAGGAGGUGUUGUUCUUCAAGGCACUGCACAUGAAUAUGAAGUGUGGCGAGGCCAGAAUGCUCAGACAAAUUGAGACAAACAAGACAAAGUACAAGUUCUACACGGCCGCUCUGCUUCUUGUGACGGCCAUUGUUGUGGGGACUGUUUUUCUCUGGAAGGUUGAGAAGCUGAGCCUUGUUGACUCCUUUUAUUGUGUCUGUGCCACAAUCACUACCUUGGGUUAUGGGGAUAAAAGCUUCUCGUCCCAACUGGGGCGCACUUUCGCGGUGUUUUGGAUAAUUACAAGCACCAUAAUUCUGGCGCUCUUCUUCAUGUACCUCGCCGAGAUCUACACCGAGCGACGGCAAAAGAUGCUGGCCAAAUGGGUUCUCACACGGAGAGUAACAACCAUGGAUCUUGAAGCAGCUGAUCUGGAUAAUGAUCGGAAAGUGGGUGCUGCUGAAUUUGUCGUGUACAAGCUCAAAGAACUGGGGAAGAUCAGCCAAGAGGACAUAUCUUCUUUUCUAGAGGAGUUUGACAAACUCGACGUUGACCAGUCCGGCACACUCUCCACAUAUGACCUUACUCAGGCACAAUCCGGUCAGUGA